GCAGAGUAUGGAAGCAGCUGACUACGAAGUGCUAUCGGUGCGAGAACAGCUCUUUCAUGAGAGGGUCCACGAGUGCAUUAUCUCAACACUUCUGUUUGCAACACUGUACCUCCUCUGCCAUAUCUUCCUGACCCGCUUCAAGAAGCCUGCUGAAUUCACCACAGUGGAUGAUGAAGAUGCCACAGUCAACAAGAUUGCGCUUGAGCUGUGCACCUUUACCCUGGCAGUUGCCCUGGGUGCUGUCCUGCUCCUGCCCUUCUCCAUCAUCAGCAAUGAGGUGCUGCUUUCCCUGCCUCGGAACUACUACAUCCAGUGGCUCAACGGCUCCCUCAUCCAUGGCCUCUGGAACCUUGUUUUUCUCUUCUCCAACCUAUCCCUCAUCUUCCUUAUGCCCUUUGCAUAUUUCUUCACUGAGUCCGAGGGCUUUGCUGGCUCCAGAAAGGGUGUCCUGGGCCGUGUUUAUGAGACGGUGGUGAUGUUGAUGCUCCUCACACUGCUGGUGCUGGGUAUGGUGUGGGUGGCAUUAGCCAUUGUGGACAACAACAAGGCCAGCAGAGAGUCACUCUAUGACUUCUGGGAGUAUUAUCUCCCCUACCUCUACUCAUGCAUCUCCUUCCUUGGGGUUCUUCUACUCCUGGUGUGUACUCCACUGGGUCUUGCCGGAAUGUUCUCGGUCACUGGGAAGCUGCUGGUCAAGCCCCGGCUGCUGGAAGACUUGGAGGAGCAGCUGUACUGCUCAGCCUUUGAAGAAGCAGCCCUGACCCGCAGGAUUUGUAAUCCUACUUCCUGCUGGCUGCCUUUAGACAUGGAGCUGUUACACAGACAGGUCCUGGCUCUGCAGACACAGAGGGUCCUGCUGGAGAAGCGGCGGAAGGCUUCAGCCUGGCAGCGGAACCUGGGCUACCCCCUGGCCAUGCUGUGCUUGCUGGUGUUGACAGGCCUGUCUGUACUCAUUGUGGCCAUCCACAUCCUGGAGCUGCUCAUCGAUGAGGCUGCCAUGCCCCGAGGCAUGCAGGGUGCCUCCCUAGGCCAGGUCUCCUUCUCCAAGCUGGGCUCCUUUGGUGCUGUUAUUCAGGUUGUACUCAUCUUUUACCUAAUGGUGUCCUCAGUUGUGGGGUUCUAUAGCUCUCCCCUCUUCCGGAGCCUGCGGCCCAGAUGGCAUGACACCACCAUGACACAGAUAAUUGGGAACUGUGUCUGUCUCCUGGUCCUAAGCUCAGCACUUCCUGUCUUUUCUCGAACCCUGGGGCUCACUCGCUUUGACCUGCUGGGUGACUUUGGACGCUUCAACUGGCUGGGCAAUUUCUACAUUGUGUUCCUCUACAACGCAGCCUUUGCAGGCCUCACCACACUCUGUCUGGUGAAGACCUUCACUGCCGCUGUAGAUACAGCGGCAUUUUAG